AUGUCUGUUCCAAGAUUCCAAAAAAUAAACUAUGGGACAUAUGAUAAUUAUAUUCCAGUCAGUGAAUUAAGCAAAAAAUCAUGGAAUCAGCAACACUUUUCCCUGGCAUUUCCCAAACCACCAAGGCCAGGAACCAAAAGGAGAUCAAUACCUUCCCAGCUACGUGAUAAUACAACUCCUGUAAUCUAUGAAUCCCAAUUGGAGCAAAGAAGACCGCCACUAUGGAUGCACCGUUCUUUAAUGAGAAUUUCAGAGAGGCCAUCUGUUUAUUUAGCUGCCAGGAGGAGGCCUCCACCCAAACCCUCUAAACCACCUAAAGAAGGUGAGGAGAUGCUUUCAGGUGAGAAAACUGAAUCGGAAUCAGACUUCAGAGAAAAGGCAGAGUCAACGAAGAGCAAGGAUGAAGAAAGAGAAUCUAAAUCUGGCAAAAAGAGUAAAAGGGGUUCAAAAGAGAAGGAUUCCGGUUCAGAAACUGGAAGUGGAAAAGGACGGAAGAAAGGUAAGAAAGGUAAGAAAGGUGGCAAGGGCAAGGAGUCAGGUGAAGAGUCUGGGGAUGAGAAAGGAAGCGGAAAGAAAGGUAAGAAGAAGGGCAAGGGGUCAGGCGAAGAGUCUGAGGAGGAAAAAGAAGGCGGAAAGAAAGACAAGAAAAGUAGAAAGGGCAAAGACAAAGACGCACAGUCAGAAGAAGCAGAGGGAGAAGAAGCGGCCCCGCCCAUAGCAGAGACAGAAUCUGAAGAGGAAAAGGCAGCAGAAGACGGAAAGAAAGACAAGAAAGGGGGGAAGAAGGGCAAAGACAAGGAAGGAGGAGGAGAUACGGAAACGGAAGACGAAAAGGCAGGAGGCAAGAAAGACAAGAAAGGGGGGAAGAAGAAGGGCAAAGACAAAGAAGAAGGAGGAGGAGAUACAGAGACUGAAGACGACAAAGGAAGCGGAAAGAAAAGCAAGAAAGACAAGAAGUCUGGCAAGAAGGGCAAAGACAAGGAAGGAGGAGGAGAUACAGAAACCGAAGAUGAUAAAGCAAGCAGCGGCAAGAAGGAGAAAGAGUCCAAGAAAGAGGGAAAGAAGAAGGAUAAAGGUAAGAAGGGAGAAGGUAAGAAAGGUAAAUCCAAGAAGGGCAAGUAG